AUGAAAAGCUGUGUUCUACUUUUGGCUUUGGUUGGGAUUGCAACCGCGCUCCAAUGCAACUCGUGUGACAGCUUCCAAAGCUGUUCCAGCCCAUUCCCAGUCAACUGUCCACCACAUUCCAAAUGCUAUACCCUGACCAGAAAUGGGGAAAUUGUCGCCAAAGGAUGUGCUCAUUCGUGUCAAGCCAUUUCCUACCUCGACGGAUCCAACUGUCAACAAUGUCAUCAUCAAGAUUUCUGUAACGAUUUUCAGCCGUCAAUUGGACAAGGGGCCGUGAUGAGACAGCAACCAGAGAUUGGAGGAGGUGUUGCUCCGAAUAAUAAUAAUGGAUACCAUAUCGGCCACGGAGUCCGCCCACGGUCGGCCACUCAGGCAUCGUUUGGAGUUCUUAUGGCACUUCCAGUUGUUCGUCGUUUUUUGUAA